AUGUCUCGUCCAAAGAAAGACUUCGAUCUGGAAUUGACACCUUGUAACGACCAAAGUACUACUGGUCAUCUUUUUGUUAAAGUCGUCGAAAAGAAUGCACAGUCUAGGAAUGACACACGCGCAGACAUGUACUUCAAUCUGUCUACCGUGGUAGGUGCGGAUAAUGGUUCGUUGCGAUGGGGUGGGAGUGGAUUCGAAAAAACAGCUAGAGAUAUAAGGAUCUUGAGGGACAGAACUACCCAAAAUUGGGUUCUUGAAGCAAGUGUCGAAGACGCACUUGGGCAGACUAAACACCCAAAGCUGAUUUUGGACGAUUACUUGGAUGUCGUUGAAUAUUAUAAUCCGACAACUCAAAGUCGUCGGUUGACAAUUGCCUUGGCACCGGUAUAUUACCAAACUGGAGUGGGUACAUACUCUGGCACUGGUACAUAUGCUGGCUCCGGUACUCUCACUAGAAUAGGCCUCAAUAUUGCGGCCAAGGUUGAUGAGGCUACCGCGUGGUAUUUGUAUCAACAUAUAAUGGAUGGAUAUAAAUUCUUGAUGCAGACCUAUCAAGCCGGGGAUCAAAUUGUCAUAUUUGGCUAUUCGCGUGGAGCAUACACGGCCCGUGCCCUUGCUGGGAUGAUACACUCCGUGGGGCUCCUGCCUAAAAAUAAUCGUGAACAAAUCGCAUUCGCUUAUAAUAUUUACCGAGCUUCGGCUGACAGAGAGCAAACCAAGCCAACCACUGAACGCAAAAAGGAUCAAGACCUAUCUCGUCCAGAGAAUAUUGAUCCAGCAGAUUUUAAGAGAACAUUUUGUCGUGACGCCAAGGUUCAUUUCGUCGGUGUAUGGGAUACUGUGGGCAGCGUUGGGGCAUUCAGGAGGAAGAAACUGCCACACGUGUCCUAUAACCCCAGUGUGAGCGUCUUCAGACAAGCACUCGCACUGGAUGAAAACCGAGGAAAUUUCAUUCCCAGUGUAUGGGAUCAUGCGCGUACCAACGAGUCACAGAACGUACUCGAAGUGUGGUUCAAAGGUGGUCAUUCGGAUGUUGGUGGGGGAAAGCAAUCAAUCAAGGAAGGCCAGGACCCCGAACAAGCACCACAGCUAAGUGACAUUUCACUUCGUUGGAUGGUCCGCGAGUGCAAAGAGCAUACAAGAGUUCGUUUUGAUCCAACUUCAAUGGGUAAUUAUUGUCGAAGCCGAACUCUUGGGGAAAGUUAUUUUCGAAAGCCUGGAGAAGAACAAAAUAAAUCAGCCGAUCAUGAUCUAGAUCUCGAGGACAUCACACCUGAGACGUAUAGCAUGCUUGAUAAAUCACUAAUGUGGAAGCUAUUGGAAUGGUUACCUCUCCCAAAGCCUUCGCAGGCUGGGAAUUUGCGGCUGGAAACGGUUUACCGGUAUGCUUGA